CAACCUAAAAAUAAUCUAAUGGACGUAGCAGAGAAUCAACAUCAUCAUGCAACUUGGGUUUAGAAGUAUACAAUUCUUUAUUUAGAAUUGGGUUUUGGAGAUAUAUAUUAAUGUGUAUUAAAAUAAACCAUCCAAGCUGAUUCUAGUGUCGUCUAGAUUAUUCUUUAGGUAUUUAAAAGUAAUGCAUGCUCGUGAGCUAUUCAGUUACUGUUUUGCUACAUGACAUACAACUUUUAACAAUCAACAAUAAUAUUUAAAAAACAUUUAUUAUAAAAGAAUUAAAAAUGACGAAAUCAACAUUAUCACCAUUGGAAUUAAAAGAAAAAGGAAAUGAAGCCUUUCAAAAGGGUAAUUGGGAUGAAGCAUUGUCUUGCUAUACAAGUGCACUUAAAAUAACCAAAGAUGAUACUAAUGAGAAGGCUGUUUUAUGUAAAAACCGUGCUGCCGUUUAUUUGAAACAAAAAGAUUAUGAUAACGUGAUAAAAGACUGCAAUGAAGCUUUGAAGAUAACACCAAAUGACCCAAAAGCUUUGUUUAGACGGUGCCAAGCUUACGAGGCGUUAGAAAAAUAUGAAGAGGCCUACCGCGAUGCACGUUUCGUCGUGAAUUCCGAUCCUUCGAACAAAGCGAUUCAGCCAAUCUUAGCACGUUUGUUCGAAAUAGUAGAGGAACGGCUGCGUCAGAAUUCACGUACCUCCGCAAAAGUAUCACAGAUGUUCGAGAUGGCAUUCAAUUUGGAAAGCGAUAAAGAAAAACGUGCUGCUGCUAUGAAUAAUUUGCUGGUAUUGUCUCGUGAACGUGCUGGUGCAGAAGCGAUGUUCAAAGAGGGCAUUAUUACUAAGAUUUUAAAACUAUUGAAAAUUGAAAAAAAUAAUGAUGAAAUUAUCACUGCAUCCAUAAGAAUUAUUGCCGAGUUAUGCAAAAAUAAUGUCGAACGUACUGAAGUAAUCAUACGUGAAAUCGGCAUACCCUGGUUUCUAGAAAUGAUUAAUAGUAAUAAUGAAGAGAGAGUCAAUGCUGCACAAUAUUGUAUGCAGAUCGUUUUAAACAGCUACAGCGGACUGGAAAACAAACCAGACUCUAAACCGCAAAAAGAAUUGUGUGAAAAAUAUAAAAAUGAAAUAGACACACUGCUGUCAUGUUUAGUUUACUCGACGACAAAUCGCACGAUAACGGGGCUGGCAAGAGAUGCACUUAUUGAGUUGAUAAUGCGGAACGUACAUUACUCGGCACUGGAUUGGGCCGAGAGGUUGGUAGACAUCAGAGGUCUCCAGAGAUUGAUGGAAGUAGCGAGUGAACUGGAAGAAUAUAAAUACGAGUCUGCUAUGAACAUAACAGCGUCAACACGGACGGUCGUGAGUGUUUGUCUGGCGAAAAUUUACGAGAACAUGUACUACGAUGCGGCGAAGGAAAAGUUCUGUGCAGCAAUUGAUGAAUUUAUAAAAGAUAAACUGCUGGACCCGGAGGUCGAGUCAAAAGUACGUGUUACCGUAGCGAUAACGACUCUGCUUCUUGGUCCACUUGAUGUGGGCAAUUCGAUCGUCGCGAGAGACGGUAUCUUGCAGAUGAUACUCGUGAUGGCCAGUACAGAUGACAUUUUGCAGCAGAAAGUCGCUUGCGAGUGCAUCGUGGCGGCAGCUUCGAAAAAAGACAAAGCAACGACUAUCAUAAAUCAAGGCGUUAAUAUCCUGAAGAAACUGUACCAAUCUAAAGACGACGCUAUUCGUGUACGAGCUCUUGUUGGUUUGUGUAAAUUAGGAAGCUCAAGUGGAACAGAUGCCUCAGUAAAACCCUUUGCCGAUGGGGCAACUAAAAAAUUAGCAGAGGCUUGCCGUAGGUUUUUGAUAAACCCCAAGAAAGACAAAGAUAUGAGGAAGUGGGCCGUCGAAGGUCUUUCUUACUUGACAUUUGACGCGGAAGUUAAAGAAAAAUUAAUAGAAGAUAAAGGAGCCAUUCAUGCGAUGAUUGAACUUGCCAAGUCUGGUGACAAGUCUGUUAUCUAUGGAUGCGUUACUACUUUAGUUAAUUUGUGCAACGCUUAUGAUAAGCAAGAAAUAAUACCCGAGAUGCUGGAGUUGGCUAAGUUCGCAAAGCAGCACGUGCCCGAGGAACACGAGCUCGAUGAUCCGGAUUUCGUUAACAAGAGGCUCGUUACUCUGGCCAAAGAAGGAAUCACAACUGCAUUGGUCGCACUCGCUAAAACUGACAGUGACAAUAGUAAAGAAUUAAUAGCACGUGUUUUUAAUGCAAUAUGUGGGCAGCAAGAGGUACGUGGUAUAGUAGUACAGCAAGGCGGUGCCAAAGCUUUGCUACCUCUAGCUAUAAAUGGAACUGCCAAAGGAAAGAAACAAGCAGCACAAGCCUUAGCUAGAAUUGGUAUCACGAUAAAUCCAGAAGUUGCAUUCCCUGGUCAGCGAAUAAUGGAAGUCAUCAGACCGUUAUUGAGUCUAUUGAAUCAAGAAUGCUCAGCUUUGGAGAACUUUGAAGCACUAAUGGCACUUUGUAAUAUUGCUGGAGUUAACGACGCCAUUAGAAAGCACAUGCUGAAGGAAGGAGCGUUUCCUAAAAUAGAAUUUUACAUGUACGAAGAUCAUUUGAUGCUACAACGCGCUGCCACCCAGGUUGUGAACAAUCUCAUGAUGUGCGAAGACACUAUAAAAUUAUUUGAAGGCGAGAAUGACCGUGUCAAGUAUUUAGUUAUUUUAUCAAGUGACGAAGACCAGGACACGAGUCUCGCUGCUUCUGGAGCGCUUGCAAUGCUCACUUCGGUCAGCCACAAAGCUUGCGAGAAAAUAUUUGACAGCGACAAUUGGCUUGAGUCUAUUCAUUUCUUACUGGCUAAUCCUAAUCCUGAUGUACAACAUCGCGGGGUCGUUAUUGUCGCUAAUAUGAUAAACAGUACGAAAGAAACAGCGACCAAGCUUAUUGAAACAGAUGUUAUGGAGAUACUGAUGGCGCUUAUCAAGAGCGAGGAUGUUAAGAACAAGAAAAUAAAGGAUGCGGCUGCAUCGGCAUUGGAAGCUGCUGCCAAGUGGAAACUUAUUGAGAAGAAACCGGAAGCUGAAGAACAGCCCAGUGGAUCAGAUAAUAAUUUGGAAUCUGUUGAAUAGUUUUACUAAUGUA